AUGGCGCAAGAUAACACCACGGAUGAAUUGAAUGAAUUUUUUAAUGAUUUAUUGGAGAGCAAUGUGGAAGGAGGAGAUAAUCCCCUCCUACAGCAACAAGAACAAGAACAACAAGAUGAUGAAUUAUUGCAUCCUAUAUCAUGUUCCUAUUGUCGGAAAAACCAUCGAGAUAUACCAAUUCAACAAUCAGAUUUUGAAAAUUAUUACAAUAUGGCUCAGAAUGGAGUGUUAAAGGAUGAUGUUAUUAAUGCAAUCUUAUUUGGUUGUCAGGCUCUAAUUGACCAAAGAUUAGGAGAUAAGGAAGCAUCGAAAUUAUCAUUUAAUAAGGCAAGGAAACUCAUACAACCAUAUUUUGAUAAUAUUGAUGAUAUUAAUGUAGGAUGUGUCUACUUUUUAUUUUGUUCGUUUGAAGCUUCAAAUGCAAAUUAUAGAAAGGUAGCUCUAUAUUAUAAUAUUUUGAAAACCUUUGUGGAUGAAAUUGUCAAAAUGGAAAAUUCCAACAUCAAGUUGACAACACAAAUGAAAAGGUUAAAAAGCAGGACUAGAUUUAUUGAAAUGACUAUGAGUACCUCUCAAGAUAUAGACUGUAAUAAUCCUCUAGCAAUUGCCAAAAUGUUUCCAAGACUGGUCUAUGUUGCCACAGGAGUUGAUGGAUUUGCUGAACUAUGUGCAAAAUUAGAACAUUUAGAUAAGGACAGAAUUGAAGAACAUUUAGCUACUGUUGAUUCUGUGUGCAUAUUCAUGAACAAUCAUAUGAGACAAAUGGACGAAAGUGGUGAUCGCAAAAAUGUAAUUGAUUUAAUGGGAAAUAUUGUUUCGAAUGGAAUGAAACUGGCUUCCUACCUCACAGUAGAUAAUGACAAUUGGGAGAAGAUAAUGACUUACUCGACCAAUAUUACUACAGCAACAGAGAAUCCACUCUUUGUAUUUCUUCCAGCGGCUGUUGUGUCUCAUGUUGCCAUGGCAGCUAAACAACAUUUGAGACUGUGGUCCUUAAUCAGAUUGGGAAUGGUUUCAGAUUUCUUCCAAGGAAAAAACACUCUCUCACAAUUAAUCUAUCAAAGUUAUAGAGCUCUCAGUAUUCUCUCCACUCGAUUCGAUCGCGUCCAAAAAUUCUACUCUGAUCUCUAUCAAGAAUUGGAACACUUCAUUAAGGAAUACUUUACCCAACAAAAUCAACUUGAUUCCACCCUUCUCAACAAUACUACUAUUGUUAUUGAUAACAACACUGCAACAACUACAAAUGAACCUUUAUUACCUGACCUACAACCACCACCACCAGAAAGUUCAUUCACAAGCAUGCUUGAUGAUUCUUUCUUUUUCGAUCCACCACAACAUUUUGAAUAA